AUGGUCCAUAAUACCCGGCAGAUGGUUUGUAAGCAAUUACCAAACGUGAAAUGUCCAAACCUUUCAUCGCUUCGAUUAGUUAUCCACUUCUUCUCCCUGCUCUGCUGCCUGCUAUCUGCGAACUACCUAGAUGUGAGACGGCCAGACCUGCCAUCAGUUGCUGCUACUGCUUGCUGCCGAGUCGCCGAUAGGCUGGAUUCUCAGUUAUCGAGUCCUUUUUCUAGCAUCCCAGCAAAGGAUUCCCCUCAGAGUUUUACUAGGCAACUAUCUUUGAAGGAAAUGGAACUUUCUGAGGACUAUACUUGUGUAAUCACUCACGGGCGUUAUGCUUUGCAUUGCAUUGUUGUAGAGUAUAAUGCUAAACGCUGCUGGAAACAUUUGGAAGAUUUGACUAAGAUAUGUUGGACCAUGUUGGGCCAUGCGAUAUCUACCCCUGCAAUCAAUGGGACAAUUCUUCCUGGCAUUACUCGGAGGAGUAUAAUUGACGUUGCUCGUAGUCAAGGAUUCCAGAUAGUCCAAGAACGGUUAGUAACAGUGGAUGAAUUGCAUGAUGCUGAAGAAGUUUUUUGCACGGGAAGAGCUGUGGUUAUAUCCUCUGUUGGAAGCAUAACUUAUGUUGGUAAAAGGGUAACUUAUGGAAGUGAUGGAGUUGGCGCGGUGUCACAGCAACUGUAUUCCUCGCUUACCAGCUUACAAAUGGGACUUGCUGAGGAUAAAUUGGAUUGGAUAGUUGAGCUGAAGUAG